AAAUUCCGUUUCGUCUUUUCCUCUCUUUCUUGGGCUUCCUCCUUUUUGAGUAAUCUUGCUGUUCCUCUCAAUUUUUGAGCCCUUAAAAGGCUCCUGGUGCGCAUAACCCUUCACCAAAGCAGACAGAAAAUUUCUCCAUUGCCGGCACAGAGAAAUUUGGAGAGAUGGCUCUUUCAAGAGCUCUCAAUUUCUGCAGGAGCUUUUCCACAGUUUCUUCCGAACCAUUACGUGUUUGCAUCGUGGGGAGCGGGCCUGCUGGGUUCUACACUGCCGAUAAGAUUUUGAAAGCUCACGAGGGAGCUGAAGUUGAUAUAGUUGAUCGGUUACCUACGCCAUUUGGAUUAGUCAGGUCCGGAGUGGCUCCUGAUCAUCCUGAAACAAAGAUUGUGACGAACCAGUUUUCUCGGGUUGCUCAAAAUAGACGUUGCUCGUUCAUUGGGAAUGUCUCUCUUGGAGCCUCUAUAUCUUUGGCUGAGCUGCGUGAAUUAUAUGAUGCGGUGGUGCUUUCUUAUGGAGCUGAAAGUGAUCAAGCUCUAGGAAUACCCAGAGAAGAUCUGUCUGGGAUAUACGCUGCCAGAGAAUUUGUUUGGUGGUAUAAUGGCCACCCAGACUGCCGAAAUCUGGCACCAGAUUUGAAGAGCUCCGAUACUGCUGUUAUUAUUGGUCAGGGAAAUGUAGCUCUUGAUGUGGCGCGUAUCCUUUUACGACCAACUAGUGAAUUGGCAACAACUGAUAUCUCCUGCCAUGCUUUGGCAGCUUUAAGUGAGAGCUCCAUUAGAAAAGUGUAUUUGGUUGGAAGACGUGGAGCAGCACAAGCAGCCUUCACGGCGAAAGAACUGCGUGAAGUUCUACGUAUCAAGGACCUAUCCAUUGAAAUUCGGGAAGCGGAUUUAAGUAAAACCCCAGCAGAUGAGGAAGAACUAAAGAAUAACCGGAUUAAAAGGAGAAUUCAUGAACUGCUCUCUAAGGCAGCCACUCCUGCAACUUCCGUAUGCAAUCCAGGUCAAAAAGAACUGCACUUUGUUUUCUUCAGGAAACCAGACAGGUUCCUGGAAUCAGAUUGUAGAAGUGGUCAUGUUGCUGGUUUGCGGGUGGAGAGGACAAUUCUUAAAGAAGAUGUUGGCUCUGGGAAACAAAUUGCAGUUGGUACUGGACUUUUUGAAGAAAUGAAAUGCGGGCUGGUAUUGAAGAGUGUUGGUUACAAGUCGAUACCUGUUGAUGGCUUGCCUUUUGAUCACCGUAAAGGUAUUGUUCCAAAUGUUCGGGGACGUGUGUUAAGUGAAGCUUCUGAAGAUGCACAAGUCGAGAAAGGCUUGUAUGUAUGUGGGUGGUUGAAGAGAGGACCAACUGGGAUAAUUGCUACAAAUCUUUACUGUGCUGAAGAAACUGUCGCUAGCAUAUCAGAAGAUGUUGAGAGAGGAGUGGUAACAUCAAGAUCUGGCUUAUCUAAGCCCGGAAGGGAGGGCCUCCUCCAAUUGCUAGAUAGCAGGAAUGUCAAAAUUGUUCCAUUUGGUGGCUGGGAAAAGAUAGACAGUGAAGAGAAAAGAAGAGGUAGUCUGAAAAACAAACCCAGGGAAAAGCUUACCUCUUGGCAGGAUUUAUUAGAAGUUGCCACCAAGUGAUAAAAGUGUCUCCAAGAUGGCAGAUUUUGCUUACAUCUGUGGUUUUAUGUCGCUCUAGUUGGAAAUGGUUGAUGAUUGAUUAUGGGUGAUCUCUGAAGGGUCGGUCCCAUAAUAUCAUGAUAAGAAAUGGAUGCCAUAAUCCCUGCACGCCUUGUGUUGCUUCCACUAUGUUUAGCUGGACUUUUCUCCAUGAGAUUUUUUCUUGGAAGACGUGGUAUGCUUGGGAACACUUAUAAUAUAUUAUUAAUUGGAUAAAUCAUUAUAUAGUAUUUUAUUAUAUUGACAUGAAAAAAGACGGAAGAAAUGUGCAGUUCCAUUUGCGACCAAGGAAGAGCUCUCUAUUCUUUAUUUUCCCUUGUGCUCAUCUAGUUUUUAUUUUCCCUUCACAGACCAUCAACAGAGAUGUGCUCAUCUAGUUUUUAUUUUCCCUUCACAGACCAUCAACAGAGAUGUGCUCAUCUAGUUUUUAUUUUCCCUUCACAGACCAUCAACAGAGAUGUGCUCAUCUAGUUUUUAUUUUCCCUUCACAGACCAUCAACAGAGAUGUGCUCAUCUAGUUUUUAUUUUCCCUUCACAGACCAUCAACAGAGAUGUGCUCAUCUAGUUUUUAUUUUCCCUUCACAGACCAUCAACAGAGAUGUCAUUACCCUAUUUCCAAUGGUGGAACUCCCAAACCAACAUUACAGAGAUCUCUCUCUUUAAUUAAUAACUGAAUAGAAACGUUACAUCACAGAUGGAAAGCAGGUACAUCGUUCCUACCGACUGCCUGACGUAUACAAACAUGAACUGAUCUGGCUUGAUCAUCUACCGAGUUGUGAACUGUACCCAAUACAGAGAUAUCAACAUUGAGUACAACCAAAACUGCAGUACAAACUCAGGUCACUAUUAUUAAGUGAGCAAACUUAACAGCCUUGAAAUCUGAUCCGCACAGGCACUAAGCAACAACCAUUUUCAUCUAGCACCAGCACCAACUGUUAAAACUUGGAAGAUUAACUAGCUCAUCCAACUUUUUAUUAGAGGAGCAAAACUGCAGCGUGAAGCCAUGUUUUUUCCCGCAAGACCUAACCUAUAUGCAACUCUUCUUAGAACCCGACGUGUGCAUGU